AAAAACUCCAGCUACACGAUUCACCAGAAAGCGGCGCCGCCACCGCCCCAGCUGCGUUCUCCUCUUCUCCGCAUUUUCCUCAUUUCCUCCUUGCUUUGCCGCGCUCCUAUAUUAAUAUCGCCUAGCCGAAUAUACUUGCUUUGCUCCACCAGCCGCUGCCAACCGCCAUGUAAAAACGGCAACGUCCGCCUCUAGCACAAAACGAUUCCGUCUGCAUCCGUAUUCACUUUCUUCUGACACGCAGAAAACAAUGCUGUCACCCUCUCCUUUUGUAGUUGCUGCUGCUGCCGCUACUCUGGCAUCUCUUGCCGCAGCGGAGCCUGAUAUCUCCCUCACCCAUCACGAGCUGCUCCAGCGCUCUGUGCACGAUGGCUCCUGGGCCCUCGAGACUCGCAGCCUGCUCGAUGACUUUGGCACCUGCGGCGGUUGCGAGAACAUCCUUAGCCUUCUCAAGGGCUUGGUCAAGUCGAGCGAUAGCGCCCUGACUGGCCUUGGAACCCAACUCUGCACCAUUGGCACGCCCUACGACUCCCAAUUCUGCAACGGCACUGUAGCCCGUGAGGCCCCCGUCAUCGCCGAGCUCAUCCGCUCCAUCGACAUCAACUCCACGUCCUCGACCCAAUUCUGCAUCACCUUUCUCGGUGUCUGCAAGUAUCCCGACGUGGCGCCCUGGACUGUACCCAUCCCCUCAAAGAAGGCUUGCAACGACAAGGCCCCCGCCGUCAGCGGCAAGAAGCCUCUCAAGGUCAUCCACUACUCCGACAUCCACAUUGAUCCUCUGUACGUCGCCGGCUCCAGCACCCAGUGCAAGAAGCCCACCUGCUGCAGACCCUUUACUGAGGACGAUGAGCCCGGCAAGUCCAAGAGUCCUGCAGGUCCCAACGGCGAUCACAACUGCGAUUCCCCCGUCACCCUCGAGGACAGCAUGUACAAGGCCAUCCACGACAUGUUCCCCGACCAGGCCUUUACCAUCUUUACCGGCGACAUUGUCGACCACGGUCUCUUCAAUACCAGCAAGCCCUACAACCAACAAGAGAUCACCGACGCAUACUCCAAGAUGAACAACAGCUUCAAGACCGUCUACGGCACCGCCGGCAACCACGAGUCCGACCCCGCCAACAUCUUCUACCCCAACUCGCAGAACAACAAGACCCAAUGGGUCUACGACUCCCUCAGCUCCGAAUGGUCGCACUGGAUCUCCUCGACCGAGGCCCAGUCCGCCAAAUCCAUCGGCGCCUACUCCGCCAAGUACCCCAAGGGCAACCUGCGCAUCAUCUCGCUCAACACAAACAUGUACUACCGCUUCAACUUUGCCCUCUACCAAAAGGACAUGCAGCGCGACCCCAACGACCAGAUCGCCUGGCUCGCCAAGGAGCUCGACGCCGCCGAAAAGGCCGGCGAGAACGUCUACAUCAUCGGCCACAUGCCCUUUGGCGAGGCCGACGCCCUGCGCGACCAGUCCAACUACCUCGACCAAGUCGUCCGCCGCUACGCCACCACCAUCCGCGCCAUGUUCUUCGGCCACACCCACCUCGAUCACUUCGAGGUCUCGUAUGCCGACUACUCCAAGCGCUCCGCCGCCAACGCCUUCGCCAUGUCCUACAUCUGCCCCUCCCUCACCCCGACCUCCGGCAUGCCCUCGUUCCGCGUCUACGACGUCGACCCGGACACCUUUGCCGUCCUCGACGCCACCACAUACUACGCCGACAUGGGCGACUCGGCGUUCCAGACCUCGGGACCCGUCUGGAAAAAGUACUACUCGGCCAAAGAGGCCUACGGCGCCGCUCUGAAGCCCGCCGUCACGGACCCUGCUGCCGAGCUGACGCCUGCCUUUUGGCAUAAUGUCACUGCCGCCUUUGAGGCCAACAGCACCCUCUUUGACGAGUACAUGGCCCGCAAGAGCCGCGGCUGGAACGUCGACAAGCCCUGCCGCGACUCCUGCCGCGAUACCGAGAUCUGCCAGCUCCGCGCCGGCCGGUCCCAGGAUAACUGCCAGGUUCCGACCCCCGGUGUGCACUUUUCCAAGCGUGACAUGUCGCUUGCUGCGCAGAAGCACGGCGAGCACGACGACUGCGGCGCCCCUGUCAUCCGGGACGUCUUCCACGCGCUGGCCCGCCGCACCGACCUGCUCGAGAUGCUUCAGAAGCGAUUCGUCGCAGAGGGCGCUGUUGUCGAGCCUGUUGUGCGCCGAAGCCCUGUGCCCGCUGAGUCGGCGGUGGCCAGCCCGACUCCAACAGACGAUGCGGAUGCCUGUGUGUCUACUACCCAUGCGGGAGGCGCUAGUGCUACCAAGAGCAGCGCGGCCGAAGCUACUGGAUUACAUGGCUUUGCUGCUGCUGCUGCUGCCGUGGCUGCUGCCGUUGGUGGCGCCCUUGUUGUAUAAUAGCUAAUGUUGUAUAUAUAAGCUGUUUAUGUACGGUUGUAGUUGUAGUAGUAGUAGUUUUGUGUAUAAGGAGUACGGUGUAGUUAUAGUUGGAGCUUUUGUUACCGGGACGGGGAGCGAGCAUUGGGAAGUGGCGUAAUGUGAAUGAGAAGAAGCAGUAUAGUCAAUCUAUCUUUUGAAUAGUUGUAAUUACAAACAAGAUCACUUGGAAAUAGUCCGUUACAAGAGGUAUAAACAUGAUGUAGAGUUGAGUUCAUUAGGUCCAUUCUUUGCUGUGUUUGGUUCAUAACGUCGCUUAUUCUAGUAAAUAAUACAAAAGGGUUUUUCCCCGCUCGCUUCAUAAGAGAGUACUCUUAAAUCUUCUGGGCCAACAUGUACUCAUAGUCGGGCAUGUGCUUGUUUGCCGAGGCGAGCAGGAAAUCAGCCACCUCCUGGCCAAACUCCUCCUUCCACGCAGCAUGCUUGGCCUCGGCCGUCACGCCCUUGGAGCUCUUGGACUUGUCCACGCCCGUCGACUCCCACAGGCCCUUGAGGUAGCUGCGCUCAAUCGCCGUUCUGUUCUCGCCUGACACUGUGUCCCACGAGUACAGCACCUUGUCCUUGGAGAAGUUGACGCGCUCGCAGACACGCUCAAUGACAUCUGUGCCCUCCAACAGGUCGUCGGCAUCCACAAUAAUGGGCAUGAAUGGGCCAGGGCCUUUGGGGUUCGGGCCCGUGUAGACGUCAGCGGGGACUUGGGUCUUGUACCAGUCAAACAGUUGACGGCAGUAGCCUGUGUUGGCAGACAACUUGCAGAAGGGGUCCUUUAGGUCGACAGGGUAGAUGCGCAGGUUGGCGCGGUACCACGAUUCGGUCUGCAUCAGAGGGUGGCGGAUAAUGAAGAUGGGAACGGCCGAGAGGAGGAAGCUGUCGGGCAGCAGAGUCGGGCUGGUGUGCUUCUGGUCGCCGGUCAGAUGCAAUGAGGGAGCUGGGUCGGCGCCCCAGAUGUCCUGGUCAAUGACGGACGGCUGCCAGGUCUGGAAGACGUGGUCUUUGAAGAAGACGGGCUUGUUC